CCAAUAAAAACAGUUUACGCUGACUUAAGCUUGUAUCUGUGUAUAAAUUUGCCACGUGCCCCUGUACCACCCCCUGCCCCCAUUUUGUUUUUUGGACCUGCCAUCACAUGUCCAUGUCAUGUACCUGGAUGCCAUGUCACGUACCUGGCAAUGUUUAUUGGCCUCUAGAAUCUCAAACACCCAUAAAAUCAGUCGGUGCAAUACAUAAAAAAAGUCCCAAUCAAAAGCCUAAAGUAGAAAAACCUGAACCCAUCCAACCUCCAGAGGAUAAGAUGCCUUAUCCACAAUGGCUGCACUCUGUAACAUUACCCUCAGCCAAGGAACCACAGUCCACUAAUAGUGCUGCAGUCCCCCAUGGUUCAACAAAUGAUUGCAUCAAAUUAUGCACUGUUGGUUUUUCGAAUUGUUGCCCACAAAUUACUUUCCAUCAGCAUCUCUAUCUCUCGUCUCCUGAACAAUAUGGCAAAGUGGCACGUGUAGUCUCUCAAGAAUUUCCAUUUGUCGCUUCCAUGGCCAAUUAUAGACCUGGAAGUCACACAAGUCAUACGUUGCCUGCUCAAAAACUAGAUGAAGAAAAAUAUAAGAAAAACCCCACAGAUUCUAUUCCAAAUAAUCAACCUAAUCACCCCCAACAAGGUGGCCAUUCUGCUUCAUUAUCAGAAAGUAUCGCAGACAGGGUAGGAACUCCUAAAAGACAAAUCUAUCCUUAUUUGGCUCCGAAACAUAAUUCACAGUAUACCAAGCUGCCAUUUGAGAAUAGUCCAAAGUUACCAAGCCAGUUUUCCCCUCAAGUUAUGCCCUUCAGGAUUCACAAUCCAUUGUAUACCCCUCUAAGUCAAGAGGCACAAAAUAAGCACCCCAAAAAGCCCAAUGGCCAAUUUGCGGUCUUCAAUUAUCAGCCUGGUCAGAAUGCAAAGUCUUCUGUCUCUCAUUAUCUUCAGCAGCAGAACCCAAAUCCUAUGCGAGCACCUGGGACAUUCUCCCUUGGAUCUCAUAGGCUUUCCCAUCUUGGGGUACAGGAGGAGCUCAGACCUUUUUUCCAGUACUCCAUGCUUAAUGAUGCUGAAGCAACAACUCAGAACUUGCAGCAUUCAUCACAUUGGAAUAAGCUCAAACUAUCCUCAAAACGUGAUCAGACUGGGUAUUCUUCUAAACCAAGAGGAUAUAUACUUCUACAGCGUGGUCCACCGAGUAAAGAACCCAAAGGUUCUAUGGAGUCAACAAAUUUCAGGGUUCUUGACCGAAAUAUCCCAGUUAGUCGUGUGAGCCCUCUGCAUCUUCAACAUGUUAACACCUGGGAUUCAAAACCUCAGCUUGAUGUACUAAUCGGGUACAAGAAUGAAGCAAAUCCACCACGCAUUCCUGAAUAAAAAGAAUGAAGUUCAACAGAGAUGGUAAAUUAUUUUAAAUGUAAUUUCCUCUCCUGAUCUUCAUACUGAUCCAUCUUCUUUCUUUCAGGAUUGGACUGUCGUAGUAAAAGAGGGUCACAAGCUAAGAUGACAUGCCUUAAUUGCAAAUAAACUUUCGACUUUACCUUUACGUCUUUUGUCAUCAAUAAAAGUUGAAAAAGGUACCAAGCCUGCCUAUCUUGGAGUAGCUAGAACAGGUCGGUUAUCAAAUGCGCAUGGCAAAAGUGUCAAAUUAGAAUUUCAAGGUAAAUACAGAUCAAUGUGACUUGCUUCCUCUGGGCAAUUGGUUUUAUAUUGACUGUUAAUUUUGAACUUGUCACAUCUCCAAAUGUUUUAAACUACUGGUAGUUUAGUAUAGGUGUGCAUGCAACUUGAAUACAAGUGAAAACAUUUUGAGAUGAGUCUCAAACACUACAAGAUUUCAUAAAACGUUUUAUUACAAUAAAAUGACAAGGUGUCAUUUUCAGUUUGACACUUCAAGCCAAGGAGUAGCGGGUGUUAAAUGCCAUGUAAA